AUGGAUGCCGUCCGCUCCGCCCUCCAGCCCGUAACGCACAACCUCCCCGCCCCGAUCCGCGACCUCGGCGUCUCCAUCAUCGGCGAGCACUGCUACAAGUCCCUCCUCCUAGACAUCAACGUUGAGGAUGUAGACUGCAUCAAACUCGGCCUGUCCAAGGGCAUCGGCCUGGGCAUCGUCGGCGUCUCCAGUAUCGUCAAGCUGCCGCAGAUCCGCAAGCUCACCUCCUCGCAAUCCGGCGAGGGCAUCUCCGUGCUCUCCUACCUCCUCGAGACCGCCUCCUACCUCGUCUCCCUCGCCUACAACUACCGAAACCAGUUUCCCUUCAGCACCUACGGCGAGACGGCGCUCAUCAUGGGCCAGAACGUCAUCAUCACCGUCCUCGUGCUCAACUACACCGGCCGCGCGGGCCUGGCGGCCGUCUUCGUCACUGCUCUGGCUGUGGCGAUGGGCGCGCUCUUCGCCGGAGGCCUGCUUGAUAUGCAGACGCUGGGAUACCUCCAGGCCGGCGCGGGCGUGUUGAGCGUCGCGAGCAAGGUUCCCCAGAUUCUUGCGAUCUGGUCUGAGGGCGGCACUGGACAGCUCAGCGCCUUUGCUGUCUUCAACUACCUCCUCGGCUCCCUCUCCCGCAUCUUCACCACCCUCCAGGAGGUCGACGACAAGCUCAUCCUGUACAACUUCAUCGCGGGCUUCCUGCUCAACGCCGUCCUCGCCUCGCAGAUGGCGUACUACUGGAACGCGCCCUCCGCCAAGGCCAAGGGCAAGCAGAAGGUCCCCAUCGCCGCGGCCCCUGGCAUCGCUGCGCCGUCGGCUACCUCGAUUGCCACGUCCAAGAAGGCUCCUACCACGCGCCGCCGCGGUUAA